AUGGUAGGAAGAGGCCAACAAGCACAAGACAGCAUGCCGUUUAUUAGAAAGAAGAUUGACAUAAAUAAGCUCGGUAUUUAUUGGUCGCUGCCACUGGUGCCAGUUCCAAAUGCUGUGCUUGAUGAUGUUGAGACUUUUGCGGCAGUAAUGAGGAGCAACUUUACCGUUGAAGAGGUUGGUCAAGACGCGACGCCGCCUUUGUCACCGCCAGUGUUGAGUAAUGGUGAUUCCAAAACGUUUCUAUCUCACUUUAAACCAAGCGAUUACAUCAUCCAUCCGCUUACGGUAUCCAUGAAGCUGACGGUAAAUGACGGAGAUGCUAAACUACCUAUCACGCAUCAAGAAUUGAGUAAGCGCGUUCUAUCGAGACUGGGAACGCCCUGGAUGGUGGAUACAAUUGAUGCGAUUGGGGAUGAAGCUUGGAGCGAGUUUUUAGCAACAAUGCCCAAGAUGGCUCGAGAGCGCAAAUAUACUUUAGGCUUCGUGUUCUCCGAAGCAUGGUCCGUGGCAAGAGACCUGAUGGAGGAGGAAGAUGAGACACCAUCAGUAGCGCAGUUCAAGGAAGCCUUGUCAAGCUGUAUGCAGUGGUCACUUAAUGAAGUCGACCGUGUGGAGCGCUGCAUUGUCAAAUACCGUGAAGCAGUUGUUCAUGUAAUGGAGGAGAAAAGCACGUAUAUUGAUGCUCAAGCCUGUAUCGAUCAGAUAAGUUCGACGCUAAAUCGCCAGCAGUACUUAAGUGCGAUAUCCUUUAUAUCAUUCGUGACAAUAAAGCGUCGACAGGCACGAUACCUUGUGCUGCGUCCAAAAGGAGUUUGUGUCAUAAGCAGUCCUAGGGCGUGGUGGCAAUAUGCAAUCAAAGCUGUGCUACUUGAUGUUCGUGAGCGUUUGGCUCAUGUUGACUGGGAAGCGCUAGAAAAAUCACAGCUCCAGAAGCAUCGAUACAAGGAAUUAUAUCUUAUGCUGAAACAUGGCAGUACUUUUGCAGCUACCCUCCUUCCCCCAAAAUCGCGCUUAUUACCGAAAGAGUUGGCACAAAGUGAAUUAGACGAGCUGGAAUGUGUCUUGGACAUAAAAGACUUGAUUAAGCUCCGCCGUGCUGUACGCAAAGAUAUUACCGACAAGGAAAAAGAAAAAGAAAUCUUGAGGAAAAUACAAAGUCAACGCGAUGAUGUAGAAGGCGCGUCAGUUUGUCAAGAUGUAGAAACUCCGGCAAGCUCGCGUAUUUGGUCAUACGCCACGUGGCUUACAGGUGCAGGAAGGGCAGCGCAUGACAAUACUUUCGGCCAUGAUUUCGGGUCACGCAAAGUCGAUGAUAUAUGUGUUGAGGACAUAAAAUGGAGUGAUCAGGACACUAAGGAUUUAUAUGAAGCUAUUAAUUAUCACCCAGAGGAAGACAAUCGCGAAUGUAUAAUAUCUGAGGUUGGGGAUGCUGCUACAAAGAAGUGCUUGCUGCAUGAGCAGCAGCACAUAUUAUAUCGAUUUCAGCUUACUCUUGCGAAAGGAAGAUUCGAAUUAAGCCUCAAAAAUUUACCUGCCAAUAUCAGCGGCGUUAGUUUAUUAAAAAGCUCCAGUGAAGCAAUCCCUGCCCCGAUUACUUGUUCAUCCCAUCUGAUUGCAUCACUAGACGAUGUCGAUAUUCAAAUACUAGUGCGGCCGUCGUGUGUGGAGGUAGGUCUUCAGCUUCAAGAUGCUCUAUUUUGCCAAAAGUCAGGCUCUUCUUCACUUCAUGACAACAUAUCGGACAAAUGCCGGCUUGCCGACUCUUCAGGAACCGAUUUUUUUCUCCAGCGAAUGGAAAUGGGUGAAGUACUGGAAUACCAUCCGGUUGGAGUUCGAAAUCAAAUGAGUAGCGUGCGACUUCGUCAUUGCGAACGGAAAUUACCAUUGAUGCAUCUGAACGUUGAAUCCGAGCGGAAACUAAAAGAUGAGAAGCAGUCGACAAAGAAACGAGAAAGCGGAUCUGAUAAUAUUACGGCUGCUGCACACUUAAUCCGGGUGUCAUUUGUCACACAACCAAUCAAGUGCAACGUCAAUUUGAUGUUUCUUCUCGAUGUGGUAGCUGUAUUUUCCCGCCCUACCAAUGUAGAUCUAUCGAGUUUGGAGCAUAGCGCAUGGAAACGAGCGCAAACUCUGCAACGCUAUAGUACUGCUCAGUUGCGUGGUGCAUUGGCAAGAAGGACAAUGGUAAACAUGCGCUUAGACGUGAUUUCGCCAUUGAUAAACGUGAUACAAUCGCCCCCGAUAGAAUCAGGAAUACCCACUGGUAAAGAGGUGAGCUUGCUGGUAUUUCUUGGUCAUUUGAAGGCGCAAACGAAGCACCCAAGCGAAUUAUUUGAUAAUUCUGAUGUCUCGAGUGAUUCCGACAAAAAGGAAAUAGCUGCACGUCGAAUGUUUGCUACUUCUUCGAUCAAGAGUCUAUAUGAUGUCUUAGAGAUCGGCUUAACAGGUAUUGAAGUGCAAGUUAUCGACGGAGGAAGCAGGGAGAUCACGAGAAAUAUAUUUCGGAAGCGAACACAUUCAAGUACGAAAGCUGCUCGGCAUUAUCUUCUUGAAAAGACUUCGUUAACAUUUAGCUUUCUCAUGAGUGUCACGCCUGAUGACCCGAGUAUCCCCUUAGUGAAGUUUUUUGGUGGAGUCAACAGCGUCAAUUUGAACUUGUCGGCUUCAAGUUUUCGCUCCUUAGUCCAGUUACUUCAGUCAUUUGGAGAUAAUUUUUCAGCUCAUGCACAACAGCGUCUUGACAAGGAUGCUGCCAUUCACGCUGAUGUAUCGAGCCGGUCUCAGACGUCAACUGUAGCUCAAACAGUACAAGGAAGCAAGCCGAGACUCGUUCGAACGGCAUCUUCUAACAGUAAGCAUGGUGUUGUUUACCUUUCGAGCAGUGGCUCAGGUGGAAGGUAUGUUGACAAUAGCCUCCACCAUAACCUUGCCGAAAAAUAUCAAUCUGAGCGACAGAAGACCUUUAAAGGAAAGAAUAUCGACGACCAGGAUUUAUUGAAGCUGUGGAAACGCAUUAUUUGCCAGCUCCAAUUCGGAGUAAGUGAGAUUAAUUUAACACUUCGACUUCGAGAUAUGGCAGACUAUUCAGGCAAGAUCGUUCGCUUGCGUGUAGUAGACAUAAGCACGCAACUUAAUGUGAGGAGUUAUGACAGAAGGCUAGAAUUCAAGCUAGGGACUUUUUUUGUGGAAGAUAUUUUGCUAUCAAGAUGUUCAUUGUCGUCGAAAGUUAAGGAGAAUAAACGAUUUCUUGUGAGAUCCGGCAACCAGGACGUGCUUGCUCAUUUGAAAGAAAGUUCGAAGCCGAGGGGUAUUCCCCUGCCCUCAUCAGAGCAGUUGAUUCAGGUGACAAUCACGAGUAUCACCUCCGACGCGGUAUUGCCAAAGGAAUAUAAGAAUUGGAAGCAAGUUCGUCACCCAGCACUCUCUGUGUCUUCUGACGAGCACUCUGUAUGGCAAGACCCACUUAUUACCUCGCUUUCGGCAGAUGCACGAUUGCAGCUGUUGACCAUCGACGUUUACCAGGAUACGCUGGCAGAAGUAUUUUUGUUUUUCUUCAAGCAUAACAAAGACGAGACCGAAAGCACUGCGCAGCAACAUUCACCUCCUUCCCCUCCACCGUCGUUGAGAAGUACUAGUGAAGGAAGUGCAGCGAGCAAGAAUGGAUUGACGCGCGGUACGGAAGAGCAAUCUGUCUUGUCUUCGGUUGACAUGAAAGCAGCUGAAGACAUUAACUCAAGUAGGUUUGGCGAAUGGAUAGCGUCCUCGCUCCUAGACAACCUUCCCGGCGUAAGCCCUGAGUCAGAAAAGUAUGUUCAUGACCCAGCAGCAGUUGUCGCCACUGAAAAUGUCGACAAAGAGCUACCUGCAUCAAUGCAGCUACGACUUCAUGUGGAAGGCUUGUCACUUUUUCUUCACCUGAGUGACAAAGAGAGACCCAAAGGAAUGCCGUCAGCAUUUGCAGCUUUGACAGCACAGCAAUUCUGUUGCUGUGUGCAGCGAUUCCCGCGCUACCUUAGCAUGUUUGCUUACUUGACGUCACUAAAGAUCUGCGAUUUGUCUUUGUCGGACCAGUAUUUUAGCGAGAUUGUAUCACAUGGAAAAGCGUCUUCUGAACCAAAGGAAAGCAGAAUGCGAGUUAAUCGGAAUGACAGACACCAAUAUGAUGGCGACAUCGCAGUGGGCCACGCUCCAACGUUGAGCGAGAUCUUAACGAUGCUUGAUGAUGUUCCUGCGGUAUUCUCAUGCGCUGCACAAUUAUACGGUGCAGAUGCAAUCCAGGAACCAUGGCAUCCAGGUUAUAGUAGCCGAUACUCAGUGCGCCUAAAAUCACCUCGAAUCCGGUUUCUUUACAGCUUCGUCAACGAUAUGCGCAAUUACUUACUGAAUGGUGAAUUACUGGAGACAAUAUUGCUAACCUUGUCUCGUAAACAAGAUGAUAUGCUCUGGGAGGGUGACUUUCAGCUGGGAGAGAGUCAAAAAAGUUCUACACAUGUUCACGGGAACAAUGAAAAAGAGAAAGAUGAAGCAGACAAAAAUUUGUCAGGCAAAACCUUGGGAUCUGACGUCGUGUCGAUGUUUCCACUCGUUGAUAUACGUUUAGAAGAUACAGUGAUGGAGAUGCCACCCCAUCGAAUGUCGUCUGAGUCGCUAGUGUUACGCUUAGAAAACUUUCGGAUAUCCAAUGAAAAUGUCAUCGAUACUUUUCUGGGAAUGGAAAAUCGUGUAGUGGCCAAAGUGUUGCUGAAUUCCUCUUUAAAGCAAGUGCAAUUAAACAUGAAGGCUCUUCGAGUCGUCUCUGUAAUUUUUGUGGAUCGAAACGACGUGUCCACGCAACCGAACAAGGAAGGCUUUGUCACGCAAAGCUUACUGGGGCUGACCAAUUACUCCUUGUCGGUAGAUUUUCGCUCGAAUUUCGAUUUGAAGCUGAAUCUCACCUUCCUUCCUGUACGUUUGGUCUGCAACCAAGAGCAGUAUGCUUUUGUGCUACGGGUGCCUUUACAGAAUUAUCGUGAGCGCAGUCGAUAUCAUUUCUCGCAACCAACGAAAAAAGUUGCUCGACUAUCGUCUCGUCAAUUCUCUUUGGCUCAACGAUUUGAUCGAGCUUCCACUUUAAGAAAAGUCCCCGAAGGUAGUGAUGCAUCAAGCAAAGGGACAAGCGUUUCUGAAGCACCAGAUAUAUCCAAAAUGCGGCAAAUACUACUUGAUCUAUACGUUCCAGAAAUCACAGUCGAGCUAUUGGAGGGUCAACAUGGAUACCACCCGUCGAACAGUGGGGAUCUCGAUAUGGUCAAAUUGAGCAAAACGAAUGGCGGCUCAAUUUGCAUCCUGGCCCUUUCAAUGUUAUCAGGGCCUGCAAGUUACAGCUUAUCCAAUAAUCGAUUUACAGCAAACGUUGACAUAGAGGGCGUUCAUAUCCGGGACUCACGUGUCAACUCGAAGAUGUCUGUCGCAUACCGCGAUGUUGUAGUGUUUGAGCGGUACAAAGAAGGACUGCCAAAGGCGAUUAAAUUUCGAUUUGAGUCCGAUAGUUACGAUGUGGACGUGUCAACAAUCGGCUUUGAAACAGCCUUUACUCGUCGAGAAAGUGGAUUUCGAACCCCUAGGGCACAAUUUAGAAGCGUAUCGUCCAGAGCCAGAUUUGGCCUGUUUGGAUCCGAAUUGUCACUCUGGCGAGCAGAUUCAGGUGUUUCCGCGUACUCACCAUCAUCGUCAACCAUGACAAGUUAUCGGGCAAAUUCAAUUGUAUCUGGUGAAGAAGAAAUGUCAACUUCUGUGUCAGGAACGGAAGGAAGGAUGGAGUUUGCAAUUGAUGUGGCAGGUUUCAAGGUGAUACCGUCGAAUAUUUUCUAUGAUAUAAUCCAGUUCUUGACGACACCAUCGGAAAUACGUCCAGAAGCUAAAGUCUUGGAACGUAGUCGGGAAACUCCUGAUGAAGUUGCUGCUACCGACAGCCCAACGCCAAUGUUACCACACUAUCGCCGAAUCCGUAUUGACCUGAAUUUGGGUCCAUCUGCAUUGUUACUGGUGGAAAAUCCUCACAAAAACAAGUCGCGGGCGCUCAUGUUAUCAUGGGAGUCAGCAAUCAUUUUGAAUUAUUUAAGACAAACAAACGAAGACAAAUGCCUCCAUAUCGAGGACAACGAAGCGCCGGCACAUAGCCGAAAUCAGCUGAGUUUUUGUAUUUGUCUUGACAAUGUCCAUGCAACCUCACGAUUAUCGGAAGAGAGUGUCUGGGCGUCAGAGCAAUCAGCGACAGCUGCAUCUGCCGAUUGUUUAAAGCCCAUUAAUAUGGAGACUGUCAUUCAAAUGGAUCUGCACGCCCAUUUUCUUCGCUUUCGGACAACGUUUGAUCGCGUUAUGGAACUUCGUUUCGGAUAUUUGGAUUUUUGUACUAUGCUUGCUGCUGUCGAACAUAUUCUUUGUCAACCAUUUAUUGCCAUGCAACCAUCUUCAUCAGAUCGAAAAAAACGAUCGGCUUCUGGCUCAUCCACUUCUUCUUUUUCGGGUGGGGGAGCUGAAGGCGAGGCAUCAACUGAUAAAAAGCGAUCUCAGUUCACGCUUUCAAGUCUAGUGCACAAUAACACUGAGCGGCAACGUACAGCUGCUCUUUAUGGAUCGUCCUUGAUUUAUUUGGUCUCUGCUAGCUUUCGAGGACGUCUUGAGACGCGGCCUGUGGUUGGGUUUUAUUCAUCGACUUGGCGCAAACGAUACCUCGUGUUGCCGUAUACAGCUCAGCAGCGACAGUUGGUUCAAAGUGUAGCUUUUCGAAUUUUGCCCGCGCCUGGGAGUCGACGGCAAAUUGGCGACGAGAUCUAUUAUGGUGAUCGAAUUAUUCUGGACGCUGUGAUAGACAUCAGCGACAAUGACAUGACCACAAAAGAAACACUUAAAGAAGCUGCAGUGGGCUCUCCAACCGCCUGUGCUACAACGCAAUCGACUUUAAUACAGAAGUACGAUCAAUUAGGCGCUAUCGGCUAUUUAGGUCCUGAAGGCUCAGCUGGGGCCUUUGAAACGACAAUUUGGAAGCAUGGAAGCACCAUGUUCAAUUCAGACAAGAGCGUUGUCUAUGACCGGGAGUUGAUUGUGUUCGAGGAGCUGACGAUAUAUCGCUCAUUUAGUAAAGGAACAAAAUUUGGCGCGACAGAUGCAACCGACCAGCAAAUGGACUUUAACUCUGCGAGGUCAGGACCCCGCACUGAGGGUGCACAUACGGUAGACACAACAGGAGCACGAGGAGGCGGAUAUCUCAUGUUUAACGGUGUAGGUGAUGCGCCGAUACCAUUCGCCUUGUCGAUUGUGUCAAGUAAAGGUAGAUCUCGGUACGUGCAGCGCGAUGAAAAGAGAAGCGGUGUUAUUGAGGACACCGAUACUGCUGGGACUGGUGGUAAUGUCGAUGAGAAACACAACAAAACGCAAAAUAAAAGGAAGAGUAAGCGCAAAAAGCUUUACGCGUAUUCUACUUUUUUUGAAAACCUCAAGAUAGUAGAGCUUACGCUGCCAGGUGUGAACGCGACAGUCAUUAAUGACUUUCACAAUAUGCUUCUGCCACUGCUUCACUUUCGCAUGGCAAGAUUACACGCAGACAUUCGAGGAAGAUUGGAUAAUAAAUUCACAGCAUUGACUUGUCUACGUUUCGGAAUUCAAGCCUAUAACUCACAACUGGCUGUAUGGGAGCCUGUACUUGAAGACUUUGAGGUAAAUAUGGCUUAUCAUGGAAUGGGUGGUGUGCUGUGCGACUACUGCAUGUCCGAAAGGCAAUCAGUUUCUCCUACGGGUGCUGCCUUGCGGUGCGACGGGAUGCCUCUGUGCCUUUUUCGCUCGUCUCAGACUGAAGUAUUUACCAAUGCGGCUGCACAUUCAUGGGAAUCCAAAAAUUUUAUAUAUCGGGAGCUGUUGGAGCAGCCUGAUGUCCAGGAUGGAGCUAAACAGGCAAACACAUUUAUGAUUGUGGUUAAAGAUGACUUUAAUAUCAACAUUUCGCGCAACGUCAUCAAUGUGCUAGUUCAUUUCUUUGCAUUAGUGACGAAAGCUACACCAGCAGACGAAGCCUUGUCAUCGCGCCUUGGUCCAUUCAUCUAUGUGGACAAUCAAUCCGGUAUUCCAUUCGUCGUUGCGACACAUCCGUCGUCUUCAAGUGAUGCAGCACACACAACUUGUACAACGUUCAAGUCGUCCAGACGACCUUCGGGCUCCAUCGAGAUUCCUACAGAGGUGCCAAAUGCUGACACUAAUAGCAACAGCCUGAAGAAUGGAAGUGCCAUGUUCAAUAGCAAUGCCUGGAGCCGCCGUCGCCUUUCAACGAUGCUCAAUAACCUUUCUUCUUCCGAUACCAAGUGGAUCCGUGUUGAAAGUGGCGAGCGCGUAGCAACAGAUGUCGUUGCACACGAAGCACCAGCGGGGUGCGUGACGUCCCCGCUCCGCCGGUUGUUGUGGCUUAAACCACAGUCCGACUCACAGAAGAUGACAUCAUCUAAAGCGAUUCCAGUACCGAUUGGGUAUUCAAAUCGGAGCUAUCUUCAUCUUGAAAGCAGCGAAAAGCAGCGUGACUCAUGGCACGGGGAGAGUAUUAUAUGCGAGACCGUUGCGGAACAAGGCACUCUUGUCUUGCGGCUUCGCGGAAAGAUUCAGCUGACAAAUUACUUCAAUAUUCCUAUUCAAGUGAUCUACAAUGACCAGCGUGUGGAGACGAUAGAGCCCGACGGCAAGGGAGCGCACUAUAUUCCUAUUCAGUAUCUUGAAUUAGGGACUAUCGCUUUUCAGCCUUUGCUAUUGAACGGAAAGGUUCAACGUUCGGACCCGCUUUCGAUUGCGUAUCUCUUGCGAUCAAAUGAUAGCAAAGCUCAAGGUCGCUCUAAUCGCCGACAAAACCUUGGCUCACUUGAAUUACGCAAGGCUCUGACUUUCUACUGGGAUGUCCAUCCAAACGCAGAGAGUGUGAUUGAUUCUGAUUUAAGAUUCGGAGUUUCGUUGCCACCAUAUCAAAUAAUUCUGACUGCGACGCGAAAGUCCGAACGUCACGAAACGAUUAUUAGCUUGCGACCGGCAAUUAUUUUGGAGAAUCUUGUGCCCUAUGAGUUAUCGUAUCGUACAGUUUGCAUGAAAUCGGAAGCUGAAGUUGAGUGGGUGUCAAAAAAUGCAGCAUGCUUUUCUGGCGUGAGUGGAAAAGUGUCGUCAGGGCGCUCAGCGUAUGUACCGGAGCUGGAUAUUAAGGAACGCGAAUUGGAUGGCGGCAAAGUGAGGCAAAUUCCGGCAGUCGUGGGGCUUAGUCUCGCAUUGCCGCAAAUCCAGCUCUGUCGAUUCUCUCGCUGGUCGAAAGACUCGUUUAUAUAUGGCUGUGAGUCGUUCUGUGAGCGGAUCGAGCUCAAUAUGCGCGAUAACCGCGCGCAUGAGGAAUCUGCUCCUGUAAACAAGCUUACCAUUUGUGUUGAGGUGACACAAUUAGAAAAGCUACGUUCUCGUGCACUUAAUGCGCUCUGUCCAGUUUUUUGUAGAGUCUUUACUGAGUACUGGUUGAUCGAUCGAACGUCUCUAUCACUCGCAUUUUAUACUGCCGACGACUACCUUAUUCCCUCAAACCACCCAGGCCGUCUUGCUGACGAGCAGGAAUGCGUGCAAUCGUCUUCAGUUUCGCUGUCAGUGUUUUCUUGUGAGAGCAAACAAGUUGUUUCAAAAAUGAAAAUUGGUAUCAAAGGAAGUAAAGGAGAACGAGAAGUGCAGUCUGAGCCGUUUGAUAUAAGUGCUGUGGGAGUACGUGGACAGAUCGUUGUGCCAACAACGCGGUCGCGCGAUGCUCGGUCUCUCCUUCAUACGUUUGCAGAUUUUGGAGCACCGUCGGAUGGGCUUGAGGCGACCUUUAAACAGUACGAAUUUGGUGUAAUGAUUGAGCAAGGACCCGAAAAAUUUUCGCGGUCGCGUGUUGUCACGUUGGUUCCUCGCUACUAUCUCAUCAACACGUCAAAUAAUUUUCAAAUUUGCAUACGACAAGAGUGCUCGACCGAUCCGAGCGCCGUGAUCAUGCUUCGCCCACAAGAGAAAACAAUUUUCCAUUGGAGCGAUUCUCGCUUACCCUCGCGAAUUCAAAUUUGCUUUGUUCUUCCGGACAAGCGCCAUGGUGAACGUGAUACUGUCUCCUUCGCAAAUUCAUCGCAGUGGAGUGCACCUUUCGAGCUCUCGUCCGUCGGAAAUUUUGUUUUACGAGUCAAAUCAAAGAUUCGGCCGGCUCCACCAUGUCUUCCUGAAUGCUUUGAGGGAAGUGGGGCAAAGCGAGCACAUAUUGAAGAUGACGAAGGAGUUAAUCUUUUAUAUGAUGCAGACGAAUACAGUGAAGCAGAAAGUAUGCUCGCUGAGGGGAUCCAACUAAACGUUGCAGUAGAACUCCACGACCCAUCAUUUCUGGUGUAUUUGGAGGAGGGCAGACAGAUUUCCGAGCCCUUUUCUCGGUUUGUGUACGAAGAAAGCGAUAAAGAACAUACGUUAAGAGUCAAGCACACGGAGGAUGAGGUAUUUGUACCAUUUAAAAUUAAAAAUGAGUGCAGCAAUUUGGCGCUGUUGGUGUGGCAAAAAACGCUUGUGAAAGACAAAAAAGGGAACGCGACGAUAAGUUUUGAAGGUGGAGACAUUGUGCUUCCUUUUCAUACGAUCAACUACGUGCCAUUUCGAUUCUCUGCAUUUCCUACUGUUUUUGUUCAGGUUCAAAAAAUGGCAGGGUUGAGCAUUAAAGUCUGGCGAAAAGAGCACGCGACACAAAAACAAAAUCACACACAUUCAUCAAUUACCGCUGUUGAUCGGCGCGACAAGGAUGGACCAAUCAGCGCACUUUCACGAGCAGUAAGUCUGGAUCAAGUUCAGGCUGUCGCAAGCUUCGAAGUACAAUUGAAAAAGCUUCAGCGUCUUCCGACGAUCGAUGUGUCUGAAGGCGUGGUUAAGAAGCGACUAUGGGCUGAAGUUUUGCUGGACGAAACGACGAAAACUCUGCUUGUUACGGAUAUGCUACCUGGUUAUUCUGGUGAACACAAACGACGGCGGCGGGCUACUCUACUUCGCAGCUGGAAGCGCUAUAAUACGUGUAUCAUGAAUAUUUCACAUGUUCUCGCCGCACAUCACGACCCGUUAUCUAUUAGAUCAGAUAACGAUUGUGGACAAAAUGCACCACUUUCAACAAAAAGGGUGCAUUUUGCGGCAGACUUUACAAGAGUGACCGAAAAAGACAACGCAAACGAAUCUGGGGCUUUAGAUACGACGCAAGAAGGCACGGAGGCUGUUGGAAUUUCGCCGUUAAUCAACGUGGAGAGAGAAGUUGAUGCACUUGCUCUCUGUGUUCGACUUGUGGACGCAACAUAUCUAGAAGAGGUAUUUCUUCAAGCCGGACGCAGCGAUUUAACGUCAUGCCAGCCGUUUCUUACAUUCUCACUAAAAACAGAAGGGGAAGAAGCCCGAACGAAGCUAAUUCCUCAGUCUACAACGUUAUUUCCUCGGUGGUUACCUGCCUGUAACUCGCGGACAACGUUGAGCGCUUUAAUUCUGGCUGAUGAAGCUAAGGGGCUUGAUGAGAAUAUGAGUCGUGAGCUUGGUUCUGGUGUACAACUAACUGUGGAGAUACGAGAGGCAGACAAGAUUCUUUUUGGCUCGUCUAUCAUUGCAACUGCACGUAUUCCAUUGCAAGAGUAUUGUGCUGCAGCGAUGAUCGCCACCAAAAGAGAUGCGAAUUACGAUCAACCAGUAGUUGAGUUUUUUGCUCCAGUUCGUGUGACUCGAACGAGGGGUAGAGGAGACCGGUCCUCUGAAGUGACAAACAAUAGUCGUAUUCGUUUUCUUAUGUGCUGUCGCCGGACGCUCACUACUAGAUCAGCUGCUGCAGAGUGUAGUGGAGAAGGUAGCGACACCUCUGCCGAUGUUAGGGCACUGAAGGAAAUGCUUUCGGCGUAUCAGUUAAAGAAAGAAUUGGACAUGCUUGUGAGCUCCAAAUCGCAGCUUAAACUUUUGCUGGAGCGAGAAGCUGUAGAUACUUCGACUAGUGGUACGAACCUUCCAGCUGCGUUGCAGUCAAUACCAGAUAGUCUCUCACCAAAAGAGAAACGCGAUUUGGGUCUUCCACAAUACGUCGACCAAACCGACGAAGAUGGCCGAGAUGCUCGUAACCAAAACACGAACUCUGUUCGAGGUUCAACUAAGUCAGCGACAAGUGAGGAAUCCAUCGGCUAUGACAUGUAUGAAGAGAUGAGGGAUGAAAAGCAACUAACAGCAGUAUUGAUCGGUGUAUCAAAUCUUCAAAUUCCCAUGGAAAUCAUUCGGCGCAAUUAUGAGCGCACGCACGGGACAAUGAACUGUCUUGAACCCAAGCUCUAUUGUACAAUAACAUACCAAGAAUCAACGCGUUCAGCUCUGUCAGCGACUGCUAAGCCUUCAACUACCUCCGAAACAACAAAUCAUAAUACUCUUGAUGUUGAUGGGUUGUCGUCUUCCUUUAGCGGGAUAACAGUGAGCGACUCGAUAGGAAGUCAUGCUCACUUGCAAAAGGUUCGCACUUUUGAGUUCUCAAGAGGCCAAACAUUAGGUUUAGAUUUGGUGUACCAAAAUGGACGUGUGCUUGUUCAAGGUGUCGUGUGCGAUGGACCAUGUGGUGUUUUGGUUUAUGAAGGCAAGCUUCGUAUCGGUGACACGGUUGUAGCAGCAAACAACAAAUCUAUUGUAAACCUUCACCGCGACGCAUCUUUUGCUGUGAUCGAGAAAGCGAUGCAUUGGGGAGAGGGUGUCGGAACGUUGUCUUCAGAUCAAAUAUCCAGUGGCAAAUUUAGUCUUUCUUUUCUGUUCCAACCCACAACACCGGAGCUUAUGACAUUUAGAGAGACAUCGGUACCACCUUGUGCGCAACCAGUGGACGACGGUGGUGGCACUCGAAUGUUUGAUGUUGAAUGGAAUCGUCGCGUGGAAUUUGUCGAAACGGCAAACACAAAACCUUCAGCUCAUGAUCAGGUGCUUGUGCGUGUGUACUUACGUAACGAGACGUCAGACCACGGCUUAUCAGCGUCACAAGAAUCAAGCAUUGUGCCGUUUUUGUACUUUUUUGGAGAUGACGCUAUGAUGGAUCAUUUGGAUCACAGUAAACAAGACUCGCGCUUUGACGUGUUACUAGCAGAGUGUUGGGUACCGCUGCCUCCAUCCACUAUCUCUAGCACCGUGAAUGUGAUGUCGAUGGAUGGGAACUCGAUGGCUGAACCACCUGCUCUUACAUUUAAUGAGCGCAUCUGCGCACUAUACUCGCCACAACAACGCACACUCCAGCGGUCGGCACUGAAUAUGAUUGGACAGCUACGGCUAGCGUUGAAAUGGGAUUAUGUUAAUCCACUUCGUACUGUCUGUCAAAUAAGGGAUUUAAGUCUUCAUUUUCAGCUUGAAGUGGCGCGUAUUUGCAUAUCGUGUGUGGAUGAUGGUGCUUGGAGUUCUGUGACAACUGUUACAGGACCUCAACGACCACAGGAGGUCCUGUGUAUCUCAUUGUCCGAUCAAAAUGCUUCUGCAGGCGUUCAGUUAAGUUACGAUCAGAUUUCUGAUGGAAAACAAGUUCUCAAUGCACGCAUCGGACACUUUCAGAUCGACAAUCAACUUUUGGACACAAACUAUCCGGUGUUGUUGCGUCCUAUGCGUCUGGCAGAUGCACAAAUGCAAGAAGAAGGUUGUAGUAUGGCACGUGAGAAAACCGAAAAAAUUGACAGCGGCAAUGUGAAUAACCAGAUGCUCCUACCGACUGUGCAAUUCAUGGCAGUCUUUAGUCGGCAGCCUAAUGUAAUCCAAUUUGAUUAUAUUUUUGGUCAGCUUCAAGAGUUGGAGAUCAAGCUUGAAGAUGCAGCACUUGUGGCAUUAGCUCAUGUGUUUUCGGGAGUGGAGUGGUCUUAUACGGCGUCUAAGUCUCGUGCUAGCAAGAAACAGAAGCAAGUUGGAGAUGAAUUUGGCUCCAAUUUAGCCCUUAAACUAUUGGAGAUCGAAUGGUCGAAUCCUACAAUGCUGACAGAUGGGCACCUGGGUAGUGCAAGAAGUGGAGGCGGAGUAAACUCGAAGGUGCUUCUGCGUUGGCUCUUGCUUUGCCCGGUAAAGGUUAAUAUAACAUUUACCAGCACCGCAGACCGUUCGUCAUUACUGUCACUGUUGUCACCAGAUAUGUCGUCCGUUUUGAGCACUCUCAUUAGUGCCGCAGCAGCACUGGUCUCAAAUCUAGAUCAAGCCCCGAUACGAGUUCCCGAGUUUUACGUGGAAAACUUGCUGGAGACUACACACACACUGGCAUUCUAUGCCAUGCAGCACUAUUUGCACCAUGGCUUGCGCAGCUGGUACAGCAUCAUGGGCUCAGUUGAUUUUUUAGGCAAUCCUAUUGGUUUGGUGAGCACUCUAGGCACUGGCGUGAAAGAUUUCUUCUAUACACCAGCUCAAAUGUUGCUGGAAAAUGAGAAUGGUCUGCGGAUUGAUAAUUUACGAACCGGCAUGACAAAAGGCUCAAAGAGUUUGUUGCGAAACACUGCUGUCGGUAUCUUUCACACGACAGGUAAAAUCACGGAAACGCUGGGGAAGGGUAUCGCUCUGUUGGCGAUGGAUGAACAGUAUAAUGUUCAGCGACAGCGUGCGUCAACUCGACAAGCUAAACGAAUUAAUGAUCUUGGCGAUGCAAUUGCAGAAGGCAGUAAAGGUCUUGUGGGGGGCGUUUGGGAUGGAAUUAAGGGUGUCGUGGCUGCACCAGUUCGUGGUGCUGAGCAGGAUGGCGCGGGUGGAUUUGUCGUGGGCAUCGGAAAAGGUGUUGCGGGAUUAAUUGUCAAGCCCACAGCAGGUUUCUUGGACUUGCUUACGAGUCUUUCGCGAGGAGCAAAAACUAGUGCAGAGUCUUUAGACGGAACAGACCGCAACACGUUUGAUACUGUCACACGUUUUCGUUUGCCGCGGCGUAUCUGCUCGGAUGGUGUGUUAGUAUCUUUUUCGGAACGAGAAGCCCGAGGCUACGCAGUUUUGCUGCUGACGUCACUAGAUGCCACUGAUGAUUACGUGUAUCAUUUAGACUACGGUAUUGAACCACAUCGCGGUCUCUUAUUGCUCACAGACAAACGCCUCAUCUGUUUAAGCGGCAAAAAUGGUCAAAAGCUUUGGGAAGUUGCUCUCGACUCUACUUUAGAGAUUGUUGUCGAAAAUUCGACGCUCAAAAUUGGUCAAACCACAUCACCGUCUCGGACUUACAAUAUCGAAUGCGACAGUGAGGUUGCGGCAACCAAUUUCCGAAUAGCUGUGGAAUCGGCUCGUGUGGAUGUUUCAGCCACACGAUAUCUGUUAUUGAAUCUUGAAAAGAGCCAAGAGGAGUCUCGGAUUUCGGGUAAUGGACGUUUUAAAAGUGGAAUUUCUGGUAUCUUAAAAGGCGUAGAAGAUCGCACAGAUAUUCAUGUGCUGAUGGAAAGCGUUCAGGAUACCACCGUGUCUGGACUUUCAAAUGAUGAUUUGCAAUCUCAACCCCUUCGCUCCGUGCGUGUUGAACUUUGUCAUUUGCAGAACAAAGAUGCUCAUGCCAAUGUCCCGGACCGAACUAUUGACAAAUUGCUUUCGUUCAGCGUCUUCCAGAUUCAAGUAUACGGAGGGCCUUACCAAUGGACAGUGUUUCGACGAUUUAGUGAAUUCCGCGCAUUGUGUGCAAAAUUGGGGGCCGCAGGGUACAUAUUGGAUGGACUCCCGCCUCUUCCACCGCGAACUUUUCUUCCAAGCACGCGCGAGCCAGUAGCUAAGUAUCGGCAAGAAGCUCUCAAUAUGUUCUUACAGGCGGCAAUCAUGCAUUCCGCUAUCAGUCGUAGUGCAGUCAUGCUCGAGUUUCUUACCCGAGAUGCCCGUGAGGUACGAGUGAGUCUUCCACCGCUGUCUCCUACUAAUGAAAGGUCAUCCCCACGCGCUGGAGAUUCGCCUUGA